AUGUUCUACGAUUCUCCCCAUCGACGCGUCGCAGGUAGMCUAGGACCAUCCAUAUGCCUUCGUCCUGUUCGCAAUACUCGUGACAAGGCUUCUAGUAUUACGUCUUUUUGCUUCGGGGAUUUCACAGAGGUGCAGAUUCCACUCACUCAUCAUGCUGCCCGGAAUCGAUACUCGCAAAACCAUAAAAAAACCUGUGGCGGAAGAAGGCCUUGUUGA